AUGCGAUUCAUCUUGCAACUAUUGUCUACUUACCUUGGUUGCGUCCAAUUGCCGGACGAAACAUCAAGCAAAGCACAGCCGACCUGUUCAUCCGGUCUUUUGUUUCCUUCUCUUCCUGUCGUGAAUCGUUUCCUCUUUUUCCCCUCGUGGCAUCCCUAUUCUAGAGCGUUUCCAUUUUAUGCGUUUCGUUUUGUUUCCUUCAUGCCCGACGCGUUUCGAGUUUCAUUGAUAUUGCGGGGUGGGUUGGGUUGUAGACGGGAGGGAUGGCAUGGCAUGGCAUGUCACAGAACCUGUUACUCCGUACUUCGUGCACAGUGCCUGCGGCAUUGUCCUUCUCCGUCCAAGCUCCCAUUGAAAGGUCAGACCAAAGAUAAAGUAGGGAUGAAAACUUUUUUUUGGACUUUGAGGCAGAAAUGA